UGUUCAUUGGUCAAGAUGCCCAGGACAUUCAAUGAUUUGUUGAUUCUAGCCAAUCAGAGUCGUCCUGUCAUUCGGCGUGUUUACAACUGGAAAUACACCAUGGUACAUGACGGAAAUAAAGAUGAAGCUGAAAAAUGCUUCAAUUUAGCCCAAAAAUACUUCCAGGAGGGCAACAGAGAUAAGGCUAUCAGGUUCACCCAGAAGGCGGAGAGACUCUACCCCUCACACAGGUCUCAAGAAUUUUUAGAAUUACUAAACCGAUUAAGUGGCACAGCUGGCCAUAGCCCACAUAGCAAUGGGACAGCAGGAAGUGAGGGUGAUAGCGGAGGAGGCAGCAGAGGAGGAGGGGUGGGAAGUGGUGAGAAUGUUCGACAACGACGUACAUCAGCCAAAGGUGAAGAAAGUACGGGUACUUCACCGAAUGCAUCACAGUCAUCUGGUGCCAUUGGAGAAUUUACUAAGGAGCAGGUUGAUGCAGUUAAGAGAAUCAUGAGGUGUAAGGAUUACUAUGAGAUCUUGGGCGUCACCAAGGAAGCUACAGAUAGUGAUCUUAAGAAAACAUAUCGUAAAUUGGCGCUUCAGUUCCACCCAGACAAAAACAAGGCACCUGGGGCCGGCGAGGCAUUUAAGGCUGUAGGUAAUGCCUUUGCUGUACUGAGUGAUGCAGAGAAGAAGAAGCAGUAUGACCUUUACGGCCCAGAAGAAUCCAACUCUCCUAGUCAACACAGAAACUCUUAUAGUCAUCACGACUUCACUCGCGGAUAUGAAAGUGACAUGACUGCAGAGGAGCUUUUCAACAUGUUCUUUGGUGGAGGCUACCCUGGUGGCAACGUGUAUGUGCGCCGUGGUGGCCGUUGGGAGCGAGCGGGGGCUGGCGGUCGGAGCUACAAUUCCCAGCGAGGGGCCCAGCACCAGGCUGCUCAUGCCGAGCAGUCCAACCUCUCCGUGUUUCUCCAGCUGAUGCCGCUCCUUCUGAUCCUCCUACUGUCAUUAGCAUCAUCCUUGCUGUCCUCGGACCCCACCUACUCACUAUCGCCUACCAGUAAAUACAGUGUUCAGCGUAGUACAAGCAACUUGGGUGUGUCUUACUAUGUGAAACCAGAUUUUUCUACGGAGUAUCAAGGAAGUAUUCGUCGGUUAGAACAACACGUAGAAGAAGAUUAUGUAUCAACACUUAGGAAUGCUUGCUUUAAAGAAAAAAAUUAUAAGGAGAAUAUGAUAUGGAGAGCUCGAUCAUUUGGUGACCCGCAGAUGUUCAAGAGAGCUCAAGAGCUGAGAACACCGUCUUGUGACUCACUGCAGAGUCUCUAUAGUUAAGGAUUUUUUCCAGCGUAGCCCAGUUGGUCAAAUACUGGGCCUAACUCCACCUGAGCCUGGUUGGUGAGAUAUUGGUCUAAGCCCGAAUGACCAGAUCGUUGAGCAUUGUCAAUUUUUAUUUAUUUAUGAUAUUCAGAUCUCAUGAUCUCAUGAUCUCAUGAUAUACUAUGUCGAGAUUGUCUCUCGUAAGAGUUGUUGAUGUAACUUCUUCAGCAUUUUAGUUUGGUACUUGUCAAGUUUGUCUGGCACUGGGCUUUUUCCACCUUUGAUUUUUCCUUCUUUCUCACUUUCUCUCUUUCUAAUUUUUAUAUUAACCUCACAUUGAUAUUACCAUUGGAUUUGUUAUUGUUGAGUGUUAUAAAGUUUAUCACUUUUGUUCAUUGUUAGAAUAAGUUUCAACAUUUUUCUUAUGAAACACAGUAUAAUGGAUAUUGCUUUACUUGUUGCUGCCUGCUAAACCUCACCCAGGUGGUUCUUGGUGAUCAUAAGGUUAGUAACUUGUUUGGCAAAAUUAAAACUUUCAUUGUGUCAUGAUAUUGAAUUUUGAAUAUGUAUUUGAGUUUUCAGACAUAUCCUGUAGUUUAUUAUAUAUUUCUAUUCCAAAUACUGAGUCAUAUUAUAGAAUUUCUGCAAAGAUUAUUCUAAGAGUAUAUUGAAUAUGAGCAGCUACUAUUUUUUGCAUUCUUUUAUGACUGAGUUUGUCUUAUUUACACAUUUGCACUCUCUUAAUACUAAUGUACAACCAUAACAGUGGCCCAAAGUUCUUUCUUAUCUCAUCCAGACUUUUUCUUUUCCUCUCUAUUCGGCAAAUUAAAUAAUCAGUCUUUUAUAACAUUUUGCACUGGACUAUUCGCCGGGCACAAAGUGAAUAUUAACUUACACACCAUAGCCGAGUCACUCUUCAUUUUCACUCCUUGUGUAACAGAUUUUGCUAUACAAAUUUUCACAAUUUUCAGCUUUGUUAGUCUUUCCACCCGAACUUACUCUUACUUCCUUAGCUGCUCUUGUCUGAAAUUUGUACAUAAUUCUCCUGACAAUUUCCUUGAUGUCUACUCUUGUCCCACAAUUUACUGUGCAAACAGGCCUCACUCCCAAUAGGUCACAAGCUAACCUAAUCAUUAAGAUUGAGGCAUACUAGAACUGGUUUCCAAUCUUGCUGUCUGGGUUAGAGCUUAAUAGGCUCAUUUGACCAGUCACUGUUCCACAUCCCAAAGUGACUUGAAGUGUAGCCACAAUAAGACAGAAUAUUUCCAAACAUUUCAAUAAAUGACAUUCACCACACCUGUAAAUUUUAGAUAUUGAAGCAACUAUGAAACGUUUGUUGAACAGAAGUGACUUAGAGUUCAGUCUUUAGCUGUGUCAGCAUGGGUUAGUUCAAAAUCUCUUACAGACUGUCAGUAGUAUUCAUAAAUAAUGGAGUUAACACAUUGCCUUCCUGGUAGAAUACAGUAUUCAUUUUAGUCAUUGACACUCACUUGUAUUGCUGUUGAUCGAUCAUCAUGCGGAGUAGAACUUCAGUGGCUUGUUAGCCCUCGUUGUCACGUUUGUUGUAGGUAAAUGUUCUCAAGACUUCAUAAAUUUACUUACAUUUGAACGCCUGUGUCUUAGGUAAUAUAAGGUGAGAAAGAAUUAUCCUGCCAUUCCACCUCACGUUUUUUCUCUAUUUUGGGUGUUAUUAUCAAUCUCCCUCUUGCACAUUGUUAUCAAUAUCCUUCUCAUAUGUUGUCAAGCUUUCUCUUGUGCACUAUUGGUCUUCUUCUACCUUGCAACUGGUCCCUCAUUAUCCGAGUUCCUUUCUCCAUGCAUCCAUUUUAACUCACUUUAGUUUUUGUUUGCUGUGAUUAAUAUUUAGUAACCAGCAAAAGUGUAUUUGAAACUGUAGCAUCAGUAUGACAGAUGUCCUUCAGUGUUCAAAUGUGGUUGCAAGUCUAAUGGGCCCUAGAUUUAAUAGGCCCCAACCUAACCAAAGCAACUUGUCAUUAGGAUUGGGGUGCCGCAGGAAUGGUCCCCAGUUCUCUUGCUUUGUUUAAGUUAGGACUGAGACCCAUUUGAUCAGUCACCAUCAGAUGUUUUCUAAAUGGUAUUUAGAAAGUCACAACAAUAACUAGAUUAAAUUGAAGAUCUGCAUGGACUUUAAUAAGCUACAUUAAAGGAAAGGGGUUGUUUGUUUACUGCAGGUAUGCAGGGAGACACAAAUUGUGGUGAGUCGUGAUGACCCAACAAAUCGUCUUAGGGUCUCACGUAGCAACAACACCCACCACCAUCACCGUCGAGCUUUAUCAACAUCGUCAUGGAUAAAAGUCAUCAUACAUUGAAGACCACUGUACUUUCCACACCCUGUGAUAUUAUUUGGGUAAAUUCAAUCUUUGUUCAGUGGGUAGAGAGUGGACUGAUGUGUCAAGUAUACUGGUAACUAGAAAACACCAUUGUGCAGUACUUGAAGAAAAAAAGAACAUUACUUUUGCCAACCACAUACAUGUUGGUAUAUUCAGUCUUUGUUUACUGAACAAUGUGUGGAUGGAGGAAAUGGAUGAGGUAUGCUGAGAAUUACUUUAGUUGUGACCUGUAUUAUUCUCCAGACUAUCAAGUCUUGCACAUGUUGGUUGUUAUGCUUCACUGCUCAUAUUUCCUUUUCAUAUAAAAGUUCACGGUUUGAAUAUUUCCUGCAUCAUGAUCAUCCCCUUCCCCCUCCUCCUCAUCUACCUCCCUUGUGUAAUUUUAUGAAUAUAUUCCAGCUUGUUAUAAGUAUGACUCCCCUUUUGUACACUUGAUCUGUUAUUUCUUUGGGAUUGAGGUUUAACACAAAUAUCUUUAAUCAAUUGUUCAUAGUGUCGUGAGAGAAAACAUUUUACAAUAUAUUGAAUUAUGAAUAAAACAUCUCGGUGCCAAUUCAUCAGAAUGUUAAAAAUAUAUCAUUGAGUUGUAUUUACAGUAUCUCAUGACUUAUUGUUGUUGACAUCUGUGACAUGAAGCGUAAAUGAACAUACAAACUGGUUAUUGUUUUUGGUUUCCUGUAUUUUUCUGUAAUAAAACUAUCAUAUCAUAGAUUUCUCAUUUGUUCAUUUUCUUUUUCAUAUACUGUAUGAUUCAUAUUAUUUAAAUAAUGAAAACAGCUCAGUAAAUUUAUGCUUGUUUCUAUCACAAGUUGAGGAUACGGGCAAGUAUAUGUGGAGGCCUUCUGCUCAUCUUAGCCCUUUUCUGUUGCAUUCUAUACUUGUUUUGCACCAUGUUAACGUCUAAUAUCCCAAUUUCUUGAGGCUUUAUUCAUAUUGUACUGUAUAGGUACUUUCAUCAUCAACGUCUACCUCCCCUUUAUCAUAUUAUUUAUGUUGUACUACUGCUUCACCCAUUAAGAUAGCAUCAUGAACUUACAACAUCCUCCCCCAUCUUUUUUUUUUUAUACUCCUUUCCUCUUUUUUUUUUAAUUUUAUACCUCUUCCAAAUUUUCAAUAUUUCUUUCUUUCAGUUUCUCCCUUGGGUCUCCCCGUUCCUCUUCAUCACUUACCUUUCUCAUUCACUUUUAUAUUAAGCAUUUAUUGUGCAUAGGUGCCCUUUUUUUUCCUUCUUAUCUUGUAAUUUUUUUCCAGUUAUUCCUUUUUCAUUUCCUCAUUAAUAUCCACCAGUUCUGAAUUAUUGACUGACUGAAGGAAAUUUUUUGACCACCUAAUACUGUACUGCCACAGCUUACAACCUUUUCAUGGUCACAUUUGUUCACUACUCACACUACAUACUGUAAUCCAAAGGCCUUUCUUAGAUGCACUUGCUCUGUGUUGUAUAAUAUUCUUGUUUAAACUUAUUCCACUGUUUAGAGGUAUAACAGUUUAAACAGGUAAGCAGCAAAAGCUUUAUGAAUAAUAAUUGUCCUACUUCAACUUGUAUGUGAUACAUGUACAGUAUGUCUAGUUUUAUUUAAGAAAAAUAAUGAUGGAAUUGCUUGAAUAAACAUUCAUACAUAGA